AUGACGUCGCUUUCCCGCCUGCCUCCCACUGACCCCGCCCUCGAAAACGAGAAGCUGGUGGCGCAGCUCAAGCUCGCGCGCGACGAGAUCGACAGGCUGGAAGCUCACAACAACAAUCUCAUCCAGUGUCUGCUGGAGAGCGAGCGAGCAUUCGCUCGUCUAAAGGCGCUGAACGAGAAGGGCGGUAAGCGCAAGCGCGACUUGCCGUCGCCGUUUGAGGAGGGUCUAGAUGCGGACGAGAGCGCAUCCAAGACGGAGGAGGGGUAUCGGCCCAAGUUCUUUGAGAACUUGGUCUGUGGUAUGUCGAAGCCGCAGGAGGAGAAGAAGGAGGAGGAGAAGCCUCGUAAGAAGGCGAGGACUCGUCGCCGCCGUCACAGAGACAAGCCUGCCCCCUGCGUCGAGGCGGAUACGUCCAGGGACGAAGUCUACGAGACUGCUCUGUCAGUGUUAGUAUACUUGCCGAAGAAACCAGUCGAGAACAUAGCUGACUCCAUCCCAACUCCCUGGAGCCGGAAGAUCGCAAAGCAGCGCCUUGCUGUAUGCAUCCGCUGCUUCGAAAACGACAGGCGGUGUGACUCCGGGGACCCAUGCCAGAGCUGUCUGAAGAACCGUGCCAAGUGCCAGCGGGCGAGGUGUGCCAACUACAAGGCGGGUACAUGUUUCGUCCCAACUUGUACAAGGGCACAUGAAGAUGAUCAGCGGAAGUACAAGAACAUUGUACACGCAGGUCAUGUGAGCAAGAAGGACAUGGUGGCCGGCCCCUAG